AUGAAAAGGUUGUCUGCAGAGAUGGAUUUUUCUUGUGACGAGCUGCGUUUGUUCAAUGGAAGCACCCGACUUCCAAUGCAAGUCAAUGCUGCGGGGCAAUACAUGAUUCCCGUGACGGAGUUCCCACAGAAACUCCAACCAGUUGAAAGCCCGCCGGUGGCUCGAGAGAGUCUGACCGUAGGAGAUGUAACCAGUGAAGCCUUGCCCAUCGAUGCCCAUGAACCUGAUGCCCCGACCCAGAAGUCGGUGAACCACGAGCCAUGCCCAGUGCCCAAGGGGGAUAGUGGUAAUGAAUGUACCGAGCACGAAGUGAUGCUGAAUCAAUGGACUCUCAAGCAAGCCCGCCAAGUUGGAAGUGUGAGCAGGUUUGCUGGCCAAUACACUGAUGCCUUUGUGCGAGCCGUGAUGGACUGUGCACCCAAUUUGCGAUGCAAUCCAGUUUUGAGUGUUGCCUGCCACAGCCCAACGGAGUGUCUGGUUGCUGCUCGUGUCAAAGAGUUGAAUGAGGAAUCCUUGUCCAAGAUGAAAACCAGCAUUCACAAGUUGCAUGAGAACUUAGGUCACCCUGGAAAUCAGCAUAUGGUUCGGUUGUUAAAACAUGGUGGCGCCAGCCAAGCUGCACAGGAUCUCGCCCGAGAUCAUGCAUGCCCGCAGUGCCAAUCACGUGCAAAACCGACUCCAGCGCUUCCGGCGCAGCCAGAACGUGUGACCACGUUCAACCAGAGAUUGGGCAUAGACAUCAAGUACGUAACAGGAUGGAAUACCAAUCAAAAAGUCCCAGCUCUCAACAUGAUUGACUAUGCGAGUAGCUUUCAAGUUGUUGUUCCAAUUUUUGAACGUGUGACCUCAGAUGGCAUCCGCCGUAUCGUUCAAGAACGUUGGAUCAGCUGGGCUGGACGGCCUGAUGAAAUCAUGUGUGACCCGGCCAAGGUCAACAUUUCUGAAGCCAUGACUGUGCCGAAUGAAUUGGCAGGGUCAAUUUUCCAUAUCACUGCUGCCGAUGCUCACUACCAGCUUGGUAAAGUAGAGGUUCAUGGAGGUUGGUUCAAUCAGGUGUUGGAACGAAUCAUGCACGACAUGUCACCAAACAGCAAGGAAUCAUGGUUGGAAUGUGUCCAUGCAGCCCACUGUAAGAAUGAGCUGAUUCAAGUUUAUGGCAUGACCCCUGCUCAGUUCAUUUUUGGCCGCAAUCCCAAGAUUCCCGAGAAUCUGUUGGACGAGCCCUGUGAAGUCAUUCCUGCCACUGCUCCUUUAUAUGAAGCUGAGGUGGCCAGGAAAGUUGCGGUUCGACAGUCUGCCCGAAAGGCUGUGAUGGAGAUGCAAGACAGCAAAGCACUGCGCUUAGCCUUGUCCGCCAGACCACGUCAUCAAAAUGUCUUGCGAUGCGCUCCAGAACAAAUUCGUGCAGCGACGUCAGAAGAACGUCAACUGAUUCGUGCACCUCAUGCCGAAAUGUUGGGGUUGAAGGAUGCCUUUGAAACAGGUCAAAUUACCAGUAAGCAGUAUGUUGAUUUGGUUCCAUUGGAUUACCCCACAGAGGCACCGGAGAGCCCUUCGGCAACCUCGCCAUCACCUCCUCCAGCGGAGGGUGAAGCCGCCAAGUCUUUGGGUGAUCGCUUAGCUGUUGAGAGUGACAUGCCAGAAACUCCUUCUCAAGCUAGGCCCCAGUACCCAAAUCCUACUAGUGUGUUUGAUGAUGACAUGCCCACUUCAGCCUCCUCUACCAUAAAUAAGAGUCCUGCUGAAUCAUCAUCAUAUGCACUAAGCCCUGAUGAAGUGGAAGGUCAGGGUCCAGCCCACGUUCCUCGUGUUGAUGCCACUGCAUCUGCCUCCCAUGUUGAGGGAUCGUCAGAAGCACUUGCGUGUUGCCCCAUCAAACAUGGUUUGUCAUGGUCCGACAAAAAGGAGUUGAUUGACAUGUAUCAUGCUGGGGUCCCCUUUGAGGUGAUGUUGGCCUCAUACUACCAGAAGAGAGGGUCCAAAAAAAUUCCUCAUGUCAAUCAAGAACCGGAACAGCAGAAAAAGAUUGAUGAAGCAAAACUAGCAGAAUGGCACGUGAUUGAAGGGAAACAUGCUGGUAGGCUAGUUCUGGGCGAAGAAGCACAAGCUGUCCGCCAAAAGCUUGCGCAUAGGAUCAUGGAUAGUAGGUACGUGGUGACACUCAAGCAAGAAGAAGACUCUCCCACACGAGUCAAAGCCAGAUGGUGCCUUUUGGGACACCGCGAUCCUGAUCUGUCGGCCAAAGCUCUUGAAGGCGCCUUGCAAAGCCCGACAAUUUCCCAGGUAAGUCGAAGCAUGUUGUUUCAGACAAUUGCAUCUAACCGUUGGACACUAGCACUUGGGGAUAUCAAGGGAGCCUUCUUAGCUGCUGGACCGCUGGCAGAGAGAUAUAGGCCUUUGUAUGCACGUUUGCCACCAGGUGGCAUCCCAGGUGUCCGGCCGGACUCCUUGAUUGAAGUAACGGGUCAUGUCUAUGGUUUGAACGAUAGUCCGUCAGCAUGGCAACAAAAACUGCACAAGGUUCUGAUCUCAGUCGGUUUCAAAGUGAGCCGUUUUGAUGCCUGUCUGUAUCAACUGCGAGAUCAAGGCGGGAAACUGGUUGGAAUCUAUGGUGUACAUGUGGACGAUUGUGCUACUGGUGGUGAAGGUGUUGUUUAUGACUCUGCGAUGAAACAGCUGAAAGAACAAUUCGAGUUUCGCAAAUGGCGGACCCUCGAUGGCGACUUUUGUGGAGCCAGAUACACCCAGUGUAGCAAGACGUUUGCAAUCACCCUGAGUCAAGCCAAGUUUGCAAACAAUCUGCGUCCUUUGCACCUGAGUCGCAGCCGUUGUGUCAACCGUGACGCUCCCCUGGAUGAAAAGGAGAUUAGCUGUUUGAGGGCAAUUAAUGGUAGUUUGAACUGGAUUUCCUCACAAUCACGUCCUGAUUUAUCCACUCAAGUAUCAUUUUCUCAACAAUCUUUUCCUAAACCCACAGUGGGAGAUGCGUUGGCCGCCAACAAUGCGAUCAGACGGGCCAAGCAGCAUGCUGACCUCAGCAUAGUGUACAGGCCAGUUCCGAUGGCAGAACUUGCCAUAGUUUGUCAUUCCGAUGCAGCAUAUGCCAAUGCCAAGGGUGGAGCUACUCAGGCCGGUUAUGUGUUGGGAUUCACUCACCAAGACUUGGAAAAAGGUUUUACAUGUGAUUGGUCACCAGCCUACUGGAAGAGCCACAGACUUCCCCGAGUUGUCAACUCGACCCUGAGUGCUGAAGCGCAAUCAAUGUCCGGCGCUGCUAGCAUGUGUGAAGGGCUGUCUCUGCUGUUAGCCGAAAUUCGAGAUGGACCCUGCUGUGCACAGUCCUUGUGGGAUGUUCCUCGCAGACCUCCAUGCACAUUGGUAACAGAUUGUAAGUCCUUGUUUGAUCACUUGAAAUCUCCUUCUGCACCCUCACUGGAUGACAGACGAACGUCCAUAGAUAUUGUGAUCAUCCGAGAAAGUGUGCGUAGAAUGUCUGCGUCAGUACGAUGGAUUCCUACUGACCGAAUGUUGGCAGAUGGCAUGACAAAAGAAGCAGAAGAUGCCUUAGAUCUCCUUCGUGCAUGCAUGAGAUCCGGAAAAUAUCAAAUCAGUCCUGAAGAAGAUGUACUGGAAUGGAGGGCCAAUGAGAGAAACCGCCGAAAACUGGUCGCUGAAAGACGUGCCAAGUUUAGUGCCCAUUUAGUAUCACUGAUAAAUCAGUAA